AUGCCGGUUGCGAGCGCUGUGGCGCGGUGGAAAGGUGCUGAACUCGCAACUUCCCUCUGGUGGUCGUUUGGUCUGGGUCUUGUUUUGUUUUGCUCUUCAAAUCGGGAACACACACCGUGUGUCGUCAAGAGCUGCAGUUUAUGGCUUCACCUUACUUUUGUUUGUACAGAGGAGUACGCCCAAGCCACGUGUUGUGCGCUCAAACAAGGUUCCCUGACGCCGUUGUACAAGUUUGAGGAAAUUACAGACGUUAUACGCUGUUUGCAGACUACUAUUUACCCCGUGCCUGAUGCUCAAUACUGCUCUCUUACAAUAGGACUGAAUGAAGGUGGGAAAACUACUCUUAAAAACAAAAGACGCUGGGGAAGCCACUCGCUUAAUGCAGAGGAUUCCACAAUUUUGAAAAACGGCUACAGGAAAGGUUUUUUGUUAGGACGAAAAAUUGGACGCCAAAUAUCGGUAAGUGUGCGGACCUUUGGCGUCUACGUAAACCAACUCUACGUGCCGUUUUUCGGGAGUUAUCUCUUGUGCGUUUUUUUUUUGCUUGUUGCUGACUCUAAUGCUUUCGAUAAUGCUUUAAAAGAAAGAAAGAAAAAACCGUCGGAUAGGGGGGAAACCUGCCGAAAAGUGUUACUAAGGCGUAAGAGGCACAUUCUAUGCGCCGUGGUAGGGGUGCACAAUGCCUAA